GUUCAUAGUGGACAUUUCACUGUUUCAGUGAAAAUUAUAUUAACAAAGACCGGCCAUUUCUCUCUCUCUCUCUCCCCAUCCUUUUGCCUGCUUUGCUUUGGUUUUACAGAUCGGGUUUUGUCUGGGUGAAGGAAGAAGAGGGGAGGGGAGAGGAGAGAGUGAAGGAGGGAGAAAAAAUCUCGGCCAUAGAUUUGCAAUCCUCUGUUUUUUUUUUAUAAAUAGGGUUUUUGGGGGUUUAGUAACGCCCCUUCUGGCCUCUCUGCUUACUCUCUUUCUUCCUCUGCUCUCGCCUUCUGCGCUUCACAUCUAUCUAUCUAUCUUGUUAGGCUUAUCGUUUGGGGUUUUUUUUUCUUGGGUCUUUCCUCUCCUUGAAGGGAAACGAGGAGGAAGACAGGGGGAAGAAGAGAGCUCUCCACUGUUCAGGAGUCGUGGGAUUUAUGUCGGCUGGAUUUAAUUUGGCUGUGAUUGGGGCUCCGUUGAAGCUCUCUGGUAUUUUGAUUGCUGCUUCUACUAAAGUGACUGUCUCCGACGCCGUCAGCUCUCUCCACUCUGCCGUUGCCGCUCGCAGACGCUGCUGCUUCCCCUGCUUUAUGCGACUCUGCUGUUCCCAGCAGAGAACGGUGCUGAGGUCCUCGUUUGAUUCGAUGCGUUUGAGGCCAAAACGGACUUCUUCUGGUAUUGUGGAGUGCUUUGGGGGUUUUCACAUAAAUCGAUUUUCUCACUUAUUCUUGUUCUUGAGAGGGGGUCUCACUUGAUUAUCCCUCUGGUUCUUCUCCCCUGAGCAUUAAACCCUUCUUUCUCUUUCUUCUCUCUUAUUUCUAUAGACUGCUUCUAAUCCAACUGAGAUUAUACUGCUCUGAUUUCGUUUUGGUGAGAUCAAAAAAACCUUUCUGGGUGUCUAUUGAGGGGUUUUGGUGAGUGGGUUCUGAGAUUUACCAUGCCGGGGCCUGUAGAACAACAGCUGAUGGUCUCACCGGAGACUUUGCAGGGAGUUCUUACCAACUCUUCCCCUUCUCAGGACUCCAUGGAGUCAAGGGUUCGGAAAGUCCGAGUCAUAUAUCAAGAUCCUUAUGCUACAGAUACCGAUUCCAGUGAUGAUGAAUCGGAGUGCCCUGUUCCAGCUUUGAAGAAAAAGUCCAAAUGUUUUGUCCGUGAGAUUUGUGUCCCUGCCUUAUCCCCUUCGCAGAGCACUGUUGAGCAGCAGCUGCAGGAAUCUUCCUCUCAAGACAGCAGCAACAACGACGACACCAGGUCCAAAAACCCCAUCAAGAGAAGGGUGUUGGCCACCGCUCGGUCGUUCUCAAAAGGACCCAAGAAGCCGGUGGGUGUUAGGCAGAGGAAAUGGGGGAAAUGGGCUGCUGAGAUUCGAAACCCCCACACCAAAUCCAGGGUGUGGCUCGGUACUUUUGCCUCUCUUGAAGAGGCUGCUCAGGCUUACGAGGACAAGAAGCGAGAAUAUGAUGCUUCCUUCCCUUCGGAAGAUCACCAGAAAAGUCUCAACAACAUACUGCCUCAGUCUCCCUGUGCAGUUGCUACUGAUGCUGAUGAUGUCACUCCCUCCAACAGCAAGAGUCAUCCACCUUGUGGCUCGACUACCAGUGAUACUGAUUCUCACAGCCUUGUAUCCCAUACUUCUCCAGCAUCUGUCCUCGAGGUGGACAACUGCGUGGUGUCAAUGUUGAACUGCGGUUUUGACAAGGGAGAGUGCUUUGACUUCAUGGAGGAGGAAGGUUUGCAGGAUACUGCUCUUACUGUUGAAGACCUUGAGAUACCUGAUUUGAGCUUUAUUGACGAGGCAUUGGUGUCUACUUGUCCCGUGGUUGAUCAAGAUCUCGACUUGGGUGUUGAUUUCACCAACCUCAUUGACGAGUUUGGCAGGAUGUACGAUGAUUACUGUGGCAUUGGGGAUGACCUCGACUUCCUGGGGUUUGAAGGAGGAGAAAUGCUACCAACUGAGCUUCCUGAUUAUGAUUUUGAGUUCAGCAGUGAGGAGUUUGCCUACUUGGAUGAUCAUCAACAGCAACAACAACAACAACAACAACAACAACCCCUCAAUAUUGCAUGCCCAUAAGUUUUGCAGCUAGGAGAGUUUUCCAUGUUCAAUUUAAUUUCGUAUCGUAAGUCAUUAUUAUUAUUAAUGUAUUCGUUGAAAGACAAAAAAAAGAUGGGUUCUGUUCUGUAAUAGGCAGAGAGUGAGGAGAUCUCAAGAACACCGCUCGACAAGCAUUGUGGUGUUCUUUUCUGAGAAAGGUUUUGGCGGAGUGAGUUUUGUUUAUCACUGUUGUUCAGUUUUUUGUCUGGUUGAGAUGGUGAAGAUGUGCAAGGCCAUCUUCACUCUUGUCUUCUGUGUUUCAAUGUCCAGGAAUGAAUCCUUGAGGGUUUUGCUGGUGCUGUAAAAGCCGUCCCAAAAUGGGUUUGUUCCAUCCAGUCUUGUAAGUCUUCCUCCCCAGAGCAAUCGUUGCUGUGAACUCUGGCGGAGGGUAUUGGAAGAGAGAUGCUUAAAGGACCCAUUUCAUUUUCUCUCAUGUUUCUACUGAAAUGGAACUGUUUGAUCAUAGUGUUAAACUGGGUUCUUUCUGUCUUCUUCGUUUUCUAUCGUUGCAUUACAGUUACUUCUGAAGCUUUCAUUACUGUUGUCGAUUGAUUGUGCUGUGCAUUAAUAGUUUGUCUCAGGUGGAGGAUGUGGGUAUUG